AUGAAAAUUUCAUCAGUUUCUGAAGCAAAACGUUUGUAUAACACAACCAACGAAACCAUAAACGCACUAAGGGUGCUCAAAGAGCCAGUAGAGCACUGGGAUUCAAUUUUACUUUUUAUACUUGAGAAAAAACUAGAUUCUGAAACUCAUACUUUGUGGUAUCGAGAUAGAAAGUCGGACGAAUCGACAACUAUACAACAUUUUUUAAAUUUUUUGGAAAAGCGUGUAUUUGAACUCGAAAAUACAUCUAAGGGCACAAACCACCAAUCACAUCAGAGUUACAAUAAGCAAAAACAAUCACGCACCUUUACUACUGUUAUGCAGGCAUGCCCUGUUUGUUCUUCGAAUCAUCCACUAUACAACUGCAGUAAAUUUAAGGAACUCAACGUAGAAGCAAGGCGAAAGGUUGUCCAGCAAGGCAACAUGUGUUUUAAUUGUUUGCAAGCAAAUCAACAGGCUGUGAAUUGCAAACGAUCAUUUUGUCGUAAAUGCAACGGUAAGCACAACACGCUUCUGCACUUAGAUCGGUCGUCGACAGAGAAGCAACAAACAAGUGCAUCUCAACCACCAAUGCGAAGUGAUGAAUCUACAAGCAUUAGUGUGAACAGUUUGCAAAGUCCACAGUCAAUCACGUUGCUCCCAACUGCUUUGGUGGUGGUUGAGGAUGCGACUGGUUCACUGCAGCAAUGUCGCGCCUUGCUGGAUUCGGGAUCACAAGGCACACUUAUUUCUGCAGCAUGCGUGCAACGUCUUCAACUAAAACCCAAAUACGACAACACUAUUCUCUAUGGAGUAGGAGCAACGGAUGGAAGUCGCUCAAAAGGAAAAGUGUACAUAAGCAUUCAUGCACUUCAAGGCAAGACCAUCUCAACAGAGGAACUUUGUUUAUCAAAUCUAACACGGAACUUACCUUCACAUAAGGUCUCUAGCCAGACCACAGAGUUUUUUAAGCAUUUGGAAUUGGCUGACCCGUACUACGAUAAGCCAGGUCGCAUUGACCUUAUUCUCGGAGCAGAUGUUCUAGCCGAUUGCAUCUUACCAAGCAUUAUACCGCACCCCAGUGGCUCACCAUCGGCAAUGCACACAAUUUUUGGAUAG